CUCAGCAACUCUAACGCUACUAGAAGCAGAACUGAGGAGAGGCGGCGGCAAGAUGGCGGCGUCGGGGGGCGGCGGCGGCGGGCCCGGGUCUUCGGAGCGGGAUCCCGGCUGGGAGGUGGCGGUGCGGCCGCUGCUGUCGGCUUCCUACUCGGCCUUCGAGAUGCGCGAGCUGCCGCAGCUGCUGGCCUCCGUCAUUGAGAGCGAGUCGGAAAUCCUGCACCACGACAAGCAAUAUGAGCCUUUCUACUCCUCUUUUGUUGCACUUGCAACGCACUACAUCACCACGGUGUGUGGAGUGGUACCUCGGAACCAGCUGCAGUCUGUAGCAGCUGCCUGCAAAGUACUGAUUGAGUUCUCCCUGUUGCGACUUGAAAACCCAGACGAGGCCUGCGCUGUCUCACAGAAACACCUGAUCCUGCUGAUCAAGGGACUGUGCACCGGCUGCAGCCGCCUGGACCGGACGGAGAUCAUCACUUUCACAGCGAUGAUGAAGUCGGCCAAGCUGCCCCAGACCGUGAAGACCCUCUCGGACGUGGAGGAUCAGAAAGAGCUGGCUUCUCCAGUCAGGCCUGAACUGCGCCAGAAGGAGGUUCAGAUGAACUUCCUCAAUCAGCUGACCUCUGUCUUCAAUCCCAAGAUGGCCCUGUCGCCCAUGACGACGCUGCAGGCUCAGGGGGAAGGGGAAGGGGAAGAACAGACCGUCACGGACCAAUCCUCCACAGCCAAAACCAAGAGUAUAUUUGUUGCCCAGAACGUGGCCAGCUUACAAGAACUCGGCGGUUCUGAAAAGCUGCUGCGCGUCUGCUUGAACCUCCCGUAUUUCCUGCGCUACAUUAACCGCUUCCAGGAUGCCGUGUCGGCCAAUUCCUUCUUCAUCAUGCCGGCUACUGUCGCCGACGCCACAGCAGUUCGUAACGGGUUCCAUUCCCUGGUGAUUGACGUCACCAUGGCCCUGGACACGCUCUCCCUCCCUGUCCUGGAACCUCUGACACCGGCCCGCCUACAGGACGUGACCGUCCUGGCCCUCAGCUGCCUCUACGCAGGGGUGAGUGUGGCCACCUGCAUGGCCAUCCUACAUGUGGGCACCACCCAGCAAGUCCGCACGGGCUCCACGAGCUCCAAAGAAGAGGACUACGAAAACGAUGCCGCCAUCAUUGUGCAGAAAUGCUUGGAAAUCUACGACAUGAUCGGCCAAGCCAUCAGCAGUUCCCGCCGUGCAGGUGGGGAGCACUACCAGAACUUCCAGCUGCUCGGAGCCUGGUGUCUGCUGAACAGCUUGUUCCUCAUCUUGAACCUCAGCCCGACCACCCUGGCCGACAAAGGGAAAGAGAAGGACCCCCUGGCAGCCCUUCGGGUCCGGGAUAUCAUUGUGCGGUCCAAAGAGGGCGUCGGGUCUCCCAAACUCGGACCUGGCAAAGGGCAUCAGGGAUUUGGCAUCCUCUCCGUGGUCCUGGCCAAUCACGCCAUUAAGCUCCUCACCCUGCUCUUUCAAGACCUCCACGUGGAGGCCCUCCACAAGGGCUGGGACACCGACGGCCCUCCGGCCGCCUUGAAUAUCAUGGCUCAGAGCACAUCCAUCCAGAGGAUUCAGCGCUUGAUCGAGUCGGUGCCGCUCGCCAACCUGCUGCUAACGUUGCUCUCCACGGCUUAUCGGAAGGCUUGCGUCCUGCAGAGACAGCGCAAGGGGUCCCUGAGCAGCAACGUCAGCGCCUCCACGGACUCCAACACCUACUAUGAAGAUGACUUCAGCAGCACGGAAGACAGCAGCCAAGACGAUGACAGCGAGCCCAUCCUUGGCCAGUGGUUUGAAGAGACCAUCUCCCCCAGCAAGGAGAAGGUGGCCCCUCCUCCCCCUCCUCCCCCACCCCCUCUGGAGAGCUCCCCCCGGGUGAAGAGCCCCAACAAGCAGUCGGCAGGAGAAAACGGGAACAUCCUGGCCAGUCGCAAAGACCCGGAACUGUUCUUAAAUCUGGCCUCCAACAUCCUCAACUUCCUCACUUCCUCCAUGCUGGACUCAAAGAACAAUUUCAUUCGCAACUACCUGAGCGUCUCUCUGACGGAGCAGCAUAUGGCCACCCUGGCCAGCAUCAUCAAAGAAGUGGACAAGGAUGGGCUUAAAGGGACCUCCGAAGAGGAAGAGUUUGCGGCUGCGCUGUACCAUUUCAACCACUCCUUGGUGACCUCUGACCUCCAGUCUCCAACCUUGCAGAACAUUCUCCUGCAGCAGCUGGGGGUGUCUCCUUUUUCCGAAGGGCCGUGGCCUCUCUACAUCCACCCCCAGAGCUUGUCGGUGCUCUCCCGUUUCCUCCUCAUCUGGCAGCAUAAAGCCAGCACCCAGAUGGACCCGGAUGUCCCAGAGUGUCUGAAUGUCUGGGAGAGGUUUGUGGGCACUCUGAAGCAAAACGCCCUGCAGGGGAUUCUCCCCGGCGACGCAGAGGACCUGAACGUGGAGCACCUCCAGCUCCUGCUGCUCAUAUUCCACAGCUUCUCCGAAAAAGGCCGGCGGACCAUCCUGACCCUCUGUGUCCAGACCAUCCUGGACAUUACAGCCAACCUGGACUCCCAGCUCCGAUGCGUCCCGCUCCUGCUAGCCCGCCUUCUCUUGGUCUUCGACUACCUGCUUCACCAAUACUCAAAGGCCCCCAUGUAUUUGUUUGAGCAGGUCCAGUACAACCUCUUAACCCCUCCCAUCGUUUGGGCCAGCACAAGCCAGGAGGGCAGCCGGCCGGCCUGUUCCCCACUUUAUCACGGCUUCAAGGAAGUGGAAGAAAACUGGGCCAAGCACUCUCCCUCUGACACUGCCCCCCAGCCGCGCUUCUACUGCAUCCUCUCCCCGGAAGCAUCGGAGGACGACUUGAACCGCCUCGAUAGCACGGUGUGCGAGGUCUUGUUCUCCAAGGCCAUGAAAUACGACGAGCUCUACUCUGCCCUGGCCUCGCUGCUGGCUGCUGGCUCCCAGUUUGACACCCUCCGCCGGAAGGAGAACAAAAAUGUCACCGCCUUGGAGGCCUGCGCGCUUCAGUACUACUUCCUGAUCCUCUGGCGGGUCCUCGGCCUCCUUCCCCCGUCCAAGAGCUACAUGAACCAGCUGGCCAUGAACAGCCCGGAGAUGCGGGAAUGUGACAUCCUCCACACCCUGCGCUGGUCGUCCCGCCUCCACAUCCCCUCCUACGUCAACUGGAUCAAGGACCACCUCAUCAAACAAGGGAUGAAAUCUGAGCACGCCUCUUCCCUGGUCGAGGUGACUUCGGGCAAAUGCAGCUCUGUCAAGUACGACGUGGAGAUCGCAGAGGAGUAUUUCGCCAGGCAGAUCUCCUCUUUCUGUGGGAUUGACUGCACCACCAUCCUCCAGCUGCACGAGAUCCCCAGCUUGCAGUCCAUCUACACCCUGGACGCGGCCAUCUCCAAAGUCCAGGUCUCCCUGGACGAGCACUUCUCCAAGCUGGCUGCCGAAACUGACCCCCACAAGUCCUCGGAGAUCACCAAGAACCUGCUGCCAGCUGCCUUGCAGCUGAUCGAUACCUACGCCACCUUCACCAGAUCUUACCUGCUUCAGAGCCUUUGUGAGGACAGCUCGGCCGAGACCAAACCCACCGAAGAGAAGCUGCAAGGAUACGCGGCCGUACUGGCCAUUGGCUCCAGUCGCUGCAAAUCCAACACGCUGGGGCCGGUUCUGAUCCAGAAUUUGCCGUCAGCUGUCCAGUCGCUGUGCGAAUCCUGGAGCAGCAUUCAUACCAACGAAUUCCCCAACAUUGGGUCUUGGCGCAAUGCCUUUGCCAAUGACACCAUCCCGGCCGAGAGCUACAUCAGCGCCGUUCAGGCCGCCCACUUGGGCACCCUGUGCAGCCAGAGCCUCCCCUUGGCGGCCUCGCUGAAGCACACCCUCCUCUCCUUGGUCAGGCUCACUGGAGAUCUUGUGGUCUGGUCCGAUGACCUGAACCCGCCCCAGGUGAUCCGCACGCUGCUGCCUCUCCUGCUGGAGACAAGCACCGAGAGCGUGGCCGAGGUGAGCAGCAAUUCCCUGGAGAGGAUGCUGGGCCCGGCAGAAUCGGACGAGUUCCUCUCGCGGGUCUACGAGAAGCUGAUCAUGGGCUGCUACAACAUUCUGGCCAACCACUCCGACCCAAACAGUGGCCUCGACGAAGCCAUCUUGGAGGAAUGUCUGCAACAUCUGGAGAAACAGCUGGAGAGCAGCCAGGCCCGGAAAGCCAUGGAGGAUUUCUUUGCGGAAAGUGGAGAGCUGGUCCAGAUCAUGAUGGCGACCGCCAACGAGAACCUCUCGGCCAAGUUCUGCAACCGGGUUCUGAAAUUCUUCACCAAGCUCUUCCAGCUAACUGAGAAGAGCCCCAACCCCAGCCUUCUGCGCUUGUGUGGCUCCUUGGCGCAGCUGGCGUGUGUGGAGCCUGCCCGCCUCCAGGCCUGGCUGACCCGUAUGACCACCUCUCCCCCGAAGGAGUCGGACCAGCUGGAGAUGGUGCAGGAGAACAGGCAGCUGCUCCAACUCCUGACCACCUACAUCGUGCGGGAGAACAGCCAAGUCGGCGAGGGAGCCUGCACCGUCCUCCUGAGCACCCUCAUUCCCAUGGCCACCGAGAUGCUGGCAAACGGAGAUGGGACUGGCUUCCCAGAGCUUAUGGUGGUCAUGGCGACCCUGGCCGGGGCCGGACAAGGCGCCGGUCACCUCCAGCUGCACAGCGCAGCGCUGGACUGGCUGGGGAGAUGCAAGAAAUAUCUGUCUCAGAAGAACGUGAUUGAGAAAAUGAACGCCAGCGUCAUGCACGGCAAGCACGUGACCAUCCUGGAGUGCACCUGCCACAUCGUCUCCUACCUGGCUGACGUCACCAACGCCCUGAGCCAGAGCAACAGCCAGGGCACCUGCCACCUCUCGGUUGACGGAGAAGAGCGGGCCAUCGAAGUGGACUCUGACUGGGUGGAGGAACUGGCUGUGGAGGAGGAAGACUCGCAGGCCGAAGACUCGGACGAAGACUCCCUCUGCAACAAACUUUGUACCUUUACCAUCACGCAGAAGGAAUUCAUGAACCAGCACUGGUAUCACUGCCACACCUGUAAGAUGGUUGACGGUGUUGGUGUGUGCACCGUCUGUGCCAAGGUUUGCCACAAGGACCACGAGAUUUCAUACGCGAAAUACGGAUCGUUCUUUUGUGACUGCGGAGCCAAGGAAGACGGCAGCUGCCUGGCCCUGGUGAAGAGGACCCCCAGCAGUGGCAUGAGCUCCACCAUGAAGGAGUCGGCCUUCCAAAGCGAGCCUCGCGUCUCAGAGAGUGUCCGCCAUUCCAGCACCUCGCCCACCGACAAAACCAAGUCCUCCGCCAGCGAUGGCCGAGGGGGUGACGAAGACAAGCCCAAGAAGAGCAACCUCUGCAGGAACGUGGAAGGAUGUCGGGAGCAGCUGCAGGCCCAGGCCAACUUCUCCUUUGCCUCUUUGGUCCUCGACCUGCUCAACUUCCUGAUGGAGGCCAUCCAGAUCAACUUCCAGCAAGCCUCGGCGAUGGGCAGCAGCAGCCGCGCCCAGCAGGCGCUCAACCAGCUGCAUACUUUGGACAAGACGGUUGAAAUGACUGACCAGCUGAUGGUGCCGACUCUGGGCUCCCAGGAAGGCGCCUUUGAGAACGUCCGGAUGAACUACAGCGGGGACCAAGGCCAGACAAUCCGGCAGCUGAUCAGCGCCCACGUCCUGCGGCGGGUGGCCAUGUGCGUGCUUUCCUCGCCUCACGGACGGCGCCAACACCUGGCUGUCAGCCACGAAAAGGGCAAGAUCACCGUGCUGCAGCUGUCCGCGCUGCUGAAGCAAGCCGAUUCCAGCAAGCGGAAGUUGACGCUGACCCGCCUGGCCUCCGCGCCCGUCCCCUUCACGGUGCUGAGCCUGACGGGGAACCCCUGCAAGGAGGACUACCUGGCUGUGUGCGGGCUGAAGGACUGCCACGUCCUCACAUUCAGCAGUUCGGGCUCCGUCUCAGAUCACUUGGUGCUCCACCCUCAGCUUGCCACGGGCAACUUCAUCAUCAAGGCUGUCUGGCUUCCGGGAUCCCAGACGGAACUGGCCAUUGUAACUGCUGACUUCGUCAAGAUCUACGACCUCUCGGUGGAUGCCUUGAGCCCCACCUUCUACUUCCUGCUGCCCAGCUCCAAAAUCCGGGACAUCACCUUCCUCUUCAACGAAGAGAGCAAGAACAUUGUGGUCAUCAUGUCUUCCGCGGGCUACAUUUACCUGCAGCUCAUGGAAGAGGCCAGCAGCGCCCAGCACGGCCCUUUCUACGUCACCAAUGUCCUCGAAGUCGCCCACGAGGACCUGAAGGACAGCAAUGGCCAGGUGGCCGGGGGCGGAGUGUCCGUCUACUAUUCCCACGUCCUGCAGAUGCUUUUCUUCAGCUACUCGCAAGGCAAGUCCUUCGCCGCCACCAUCAGCCGAGCAACCUUGGAGGUGCUACACCUCUUUCCCAUCAACAUCAAGAGCUCUAACGGGGGCAGCAAGACCUCCCCAGCCCUCUGCCAGUGGUCCGAAGUCAUGAACCACCCCGGCCUUGUCUGUUGCGUCCAACAGACCACCGGCGUCCCUCUCGUCAUGAUGGUGAAGCCCGACACUUUCCUGAUCCAGGAGAUCAAGACCUUGCCGGCGAAAGCCAAGAUCCAAGACAUGGUGGCCAUCCGGCACACGGCCUGCAACGAGCAGCAGCGCACGACCAUGAUCCUCCUCUGUGAGGACGGCAGCCUGCGGAUCUACAUGGCCAACGUGGAGAAUACCUCCCACUGGCUCCAGCCCGCCCUGCAGCCCAGCAGCGUGGUCAGCAUCAUGAAGCCCGUCCGCAAACGCAAAGCGGCGGCCAUCCCCACCCGCAGCUCCACCCAGGUGAAUUUCCCCAUCGACUUCUUCGAACACAACCAGCAGCUGACGGACGUGGAGUUCGGGGGCAACGACCUCCUGCAGGUCUACAACGCCCAGCAGAUCAAGCACCGCCUCAACUCCACCGGCAUGUACGUGGCCAACACCAAGCCCGGGGGCUUCACCCUCGAGGUGACCAACAACAACAGCACCAUGGUGAUGACCGGCAUGAGGGUCCAGAUCGGGACACAAGCCAUCGAGAGAGCCCCUUCCUACCUGGAAGUCUUCGGCCGCACCUUGCAGCUCAACCUCAGCCGCCCCCGCUGGUUCGAUUUCCCCUUUACUCGCGAGGAAGCCCUGCAAGCCGACAAGAAGCUGACCAUUUUCAUCGGGGCCUCCGUGGACCCCGCCGGAGUCACCAUGCUGGAUGCCGUCAAGAUCUACGGCAAGACCAAGGAGCAGUUUGGUUGGCCGGACGAACCUCCGGAGGAGUUCCCCUCGGCAUCCGUGAGCAGCGUCUGCCCCCCAAAUCUGAAUCAGGGGAACGGGGCUGGAGACACAGAGUCGGCGACCCCUGCAGCUGUGGGCGGCACCGUCCUGGAGAGGCUAGUAGUGAGUUCUUUGGAAGCCCUGGAAAGCUGGUUUGCCGUCGGGCCACUCAACGAGAAGGAGAAGACCAAGGCUGCUACGCAGGAGUUGGCCACCAUGUUGCUCUCCACACCGGCCCCUUCUAGCGUCCAGCAGCAAACCAAGAGCCUUCUGGCCAGCCUCCACGCCAGCCGCUCAGCUUACCACAACCACAAGGAUCAGGCCCUGCUGAGCAAAGCCAUCCAGUACCUCACCACCUCGAACAAAGAAGGGAAGGACCUGGAACCAGAGGUCUUUCAAAGGCUGGUCAUCACCGCCCGCUCCAUCGCCAUCAUGCGGCCGAACAACCUGGUGCAUUUCACAGAGUCGAAAUUUCCGUCUCUGGAAACAGAAAGCAUCGAAGAAGGGCAGGAGGCUGCGAGGGCCACCGUGGAAGGAGAAGGGUGCAGUUUUAUUACCCAGCUGGUCAACCAUUUCUGGAAACUUCACGCCUCAAAGCCCAAGAACGCCUUCCUGGCGCCUGCUUGCUUGCCAGGGCUGACCCACGUCGAGGCCACUGUCAACGCCCUGAUAGACAUCCUCCACGGAUACUGCAUCUGCGAGCUGGACUGCAUCAACGUCGCCUCCAAAAUCUACAUGCAGAUGUUGCUGUGCCCGGAUCCGGCUGUCAGCUUCUCUUGCAAGCAAGCGCUGAUCCGGGUGCUGAGGCCCAGGAACAAGAGGAGACACGUGACCUUGCCCUCUUCCCCUCGGAGCAACACCCCCAUGGGCGACAAAGACGAUUAUGACGACGACGACGCGGACGACAAGCUGCAGACCCCCGGCCUGCCCAAUGGGGAGGACAUUCGGCAGGAGAGCCAGGAGCAAAACGAGGUGGACCACGGAGACUUUGAGAUGGUGUCCGACUCGAUGGUCCUGGAAACCGCCGACAAUGUGAACAACGGGAACCCGUCCCCUCUGGAGGCUCUCCUGGCCGGGGCCGAGGGCUUCCCUCCCAUGCUGGACAUCCCGCCCGAUGCCGAUGACGAAACCAUGGUCGAGCUGGCCAUCGCCUUGAGCCUGCAACAGGACCAGCAGGGCAGCAGCAGCAGCGCUCUCGGCCUGCAAAGCCUGGGGCUGUCUGGACAGGCCCCCAGCUCUUCCUCCCUGGAUGCCGGGACUCUGUCAGACACCACUGCAUCAGCUCCAGCCUCCGACGACGAAGGCAGCACGGCUGCGACGGACGGCUCCACGCUCCGUACCUCCCCGGCCGACCACGGGGGCAGCGUGGGCUCCGAGAGCGGAGGCAGCGCGGUGGACUCCGUGGCAGGCGAACACAGCGUGUCCGGCCGAAGCAGCGCCUACGGAGACACAGCGGCCGAGGGUCAUCCGGCGGGGCCCGGAAGCAUCAGCUCCAGCACAGGGGCCAUCAGCACCGCCACGGGGCAGCCGGAGGGCGAAGGCUCGGAAGGAGAGGGCGAGGCCGAAGGGGACGUCCACGCCAGCAACAGGUUGCACAUGGUCAGGCUGAUGCUGCUGGAACGGCUGCUGCAGACCCUCCCCCAGCUGAGGAACGUCGGCGGAGUCCGGGCCAUCCCCUACAUGCAGGUGAUCCUGAUGCUGACCACAGACCUGGAUGGCGAUGAAGACAAAGACAAAGGGGCCCUGGACAACCUUCUUGCCCAGCUGAUAGCUGAGCUCUGCAUGGAGAAGAAGGACGUGUCCAAGAAGAACGAACGCUCUCCCCACAAUGAAGUCCACCUGGUAAUCAUGAGGCUCUUGAGCGUCUUCAUGUCCCGGACCAAAUCUGGCUCGAAAUCGUCCAUUUGUGAGUCGUCCUCCCUGAUUUCGAGUGCCACCGCGGCUGCCUUGCUGAGCUCCGGAGCCGUGGACUAUUGCCUUCACGUCCUGAAGUCACUACUGGACUACUGGAAGAGCCAGCAGAACGACGAGGAGCCCGUGCCCACCAGCCAGCUCCUGAAGCCCCACACCACCUCCUCUCCGCCGGACAUGAGCCCGUUCUUUCUGCGACAGUACGUCAAGGGUCACGCGGCCGACGUCUUCGAGGCCUACACUCAACUUCUGACAGAGAUGGUCCUGCGGCUGCCCUACCAGAUCAAGAAGAUCGCCGACACCAACUCCCGCAUCCCGCCCCCUGUCUUCGAUCAUUCGUGGUUCUACUUCUUGUCUGAGUACCUGAUGAUCCAGCAGACGCCCUACGUGCGGCGUCAGGUGCGCAAGCUGCUCCUCUUCAUCUGCGGCUCCAAGGAGAAGUACCGCCAGCUGCGGGACCUGCACACCCUCGAUUCCCACGUCCGGGGGAUCAAGAAGCUGCUGGAGGAGCAAGGCAUUUUCCUGAGGGCCAGCGUGGUCACUGCCAGCUCCGGCUCCGCCCUGCAGUACGACACCCUCAUCAGCUUGAUGGAGCACCUGAAGGCCUGCGCCGAAAUUGCCACGCAGCGCACGGUCAACUGGCAGAAGUUCUGCAUCAAAGACGACUCUGUCCUCUAUUUCCUGCUGCAAGUCAGCUUCCUGGUCGACGAAGGUGUCUCGCCCGUCCUCCUGCAGCUGCUCUCCUGCGCCCUCUGUGGCAGCAAGGUCCUCUCUGGGUCGGCUUCGGCCGGCUCCUCAGGCACAACAGUCCCCGGAGGGUCCAGCUCAGGCCAGCCGUCCGGCCAGAGCAAAUCCUCCACCAAGAAGAGCAAGAAGGAAGACAAGGAGAAGGAGCGAGAGGGUGAGGCUGUCGAGGCCUUGGGGCUGCGGACUUGUGGACUUCAACUCCCAGAAUUCCCCAGCCAGUUUUGGGAAUUCUGGGAAUGGAAGUCCAUAGGUCUUAAAAGUGGCCAAGCUUCGCCCCCUGUGCAAUAAAGUCUGGCCAUACGUCCAGAGAGCAGCCACUGACUGUAGAAAUUUCCCUUUAGGAACUCCAACAAGUCCCAGCAAGAGCUGCUGCUGGACCUGAUGUGGUCCAUCUGGCCAGAGCUGCCGGCCUACGGGCGGAAGGCUGCCCAGUUUGUGGAUCUCCUGGGCUACUUCUCUCUGAAAACCCAGCAGACGGAGAAAAAGUCCAAGGAAUACUCCCAGAAGGCCGUGGAGAUUCUCCGGAUGCAGAACCACAUCCUCACCAAUCACCCCAACUCCAACAUCUACAACACCCUCUCUGGCCUGGUGGAGUUUGACGGCUACUAUUUAGAGAGUGACCCCUGUCUCGUUUGCAACAACCCCGAAGUGCCUUUCUGCUACAUCAAGCUCUCCUCCAUCAAGGUGGACACCCGCUACACUACCACCCAGCAGGUAGUCAAGCUGAUUGGCAGCCACACCAUCAGCAAAGUGACGGUCAAGAUCGGAGACCUGAAGCGCACCAAGAUGGUCCGGACCAUCAACCUCUACUACAACAACCGGACCGUGCAGGCCAUCGUGGAGCUGAAGAACAAGCCGGCCCGCUGGCACAAAGCCAAGAAGGUCCAGCUGACCCCCGGCCAGACGGAGGUGAAGAUCGAUCUUCCGCUGCCCAUUGUGGCGUCCAACCUGAUGAUCGAGUUUGCCGACUUCUACGAGAACUACCAGGCCUCCACGGAAACCUUGCAGUGCCCCCGAUGCAGCGCCUCGGUCCCCGCCAACCCUGGAGUCUGCGGAAACUGCGGGGAGAACGUCUACCAGUGCCACAAGUGCCGGUCGAUCAACUACGACGAGAAGGACCCCUUCCUCUCCUUGGGAGCCCAGGGUUGUUUAGUUAAGCCAACACAUAAUCGGGGCGCCGUGGCGUUUUUUUUCACCCGCCAGGCUGUGACCAACAUCAACACCCUCCUGGACAAGGCCGACCGGGUGUACCACCAGCUGAUGGGCCACCGACCCCAGUUGGAGAACCUGCUGUGCAAAGUGAACGAGGCAGCGCCCGAAAAGCCGCAGGAUGACUCCGGGGGCAGCGGAGGCCUCAGCUCCACCUCGGCCAGCGUGAACAGGUACAUCCUCCAGCUGGCACAAGAGUAUUGUGGUGACUGCAAGAACUCCUUUGACGAGCUCUCCAAGAUCAUCCAGAAAGUGUUCGCCUCCCGGAAGGAGCUCCUAGAGUACGACCUCCAGCAGAGAGAAGCCGCCAGCAAGUCCUCCCGCUCAGCCGUCCAGCCCACCUUCACCGCCAGCCAGUACCGUGCCCUCUCAGUCUUGGGUUGCGGUCACACCUCCUCCACCAAAUGCUAUGGCUGCGCCUCGGCCGUCACCGAGCACUGCAUCACGCUGCUCCGGGCUUUGGCCAGCAACGCCGCCAUCCGCCACAUCCUGGUCUCCCAGGGCCUCAUCCGGGAGCUCUUCGACUACAACCUGCGCCGAGGGGCUGCCAGCAUGCGGGAGGACGUCCGCCAGCUCAUGUGCCUCCUCACCAGAGACAACCCAGAAGCUACCCAGCAGAUGAACGAUCUCAUCAUCAGCAAAGUGUCCGCAGCUCUGAAGGGCCACUGGGCCAAUCCUGACCUGGCCAGCAGCCUUCAGUACGAGAUGUUGCUGCUGACGGACUCCAUCUCCAAGGAGGACAGUUGCUGGGAAUUGCGCCUCCGCUGUGCCCUCAGCCUCUUCCUCAUGGCCGUGAACAUCAAGACCCCGGUGGUUGUGGAAAACAUCACGCUGAUGUGCCUACGGAUCCUUCAGAAGCUGAUCAAGCCCCCGGCACCCACCAGCAAGAAGAACAAGGACAUGCCAGUGGACUCCCUGACCACGGUCAAGCCCUACAGCAACGAGAUCCACGCCCAGGCCCAGCUGUGGCUCAAAAGGGAUCCAAAGGCCGCCUACGAGGUGUGGAAGAAGUGCCUCCCUGCCAGAGGCCUCGACGCCAACGGGAAAUCUCCCAGCCGAACGGAGCUCCGCCACCUCUACCUGACGGAGAAGUACGCCUGGAAGUGGAAGCAGUUCAUGAGCAAGCGGGGGAAGAGGACCUGCCCCCUGGACCUCAAGCUGGGACACAACAAUUGGCUGCGGCAGGUCUUGUUCACCCCAGCAACCCAAGCAGCCCGGCAGGCGGCUUGCACCAUCGUGGAAGCCCUGGCCACCAUCCCCAGCCGCAAGCAGCAAGUCCUUGACCUGCUGACCAGCUACCUGGACGAGCUGAGCGUGGCGGGAGAGUGUGCCGCAGAGUACCUGGCCCUCUACCAGAAGCUCAUCAAGCCAGCCCGCUGGAAGGUCUACCUAGCAGCCAGGGGCGUCCUGCCUUAUAUCGGCAACCUGAUCACCAAGGAAAUCGCCCGUCUCCUGGCCCUGGAGGAAGCCACGCUCAGCACCGACCUGCAGCAGGGCUACGCUCUCAAGAGCAUCACCGGCCUCCUGUCCUCCUUUGUGGAAGUUGAGUCCAUCAAGCGCCACUUCAAGAGCCGGCUGGUGGGGACGGUGCUGAACGGCUACCUCUGCUUGCGGAAACUGGUGGUGCAGCGCACCAAGCUGAUUGACGAGACCCAGGACAUGUUGCUGGAGAUGCUGGAAGACAUGACCACAGAACCGGAGGAGAACGAAGUGACGGAGUUCUUCGUCACGCUGGAGAAGGACCCUCAGCAAGAGGACUUCCUGCAGGGCCGGAUGCCCGGGAACCCCUACAGCAGCAACGAGCCAGGAAUCGGCCCGCUGAUGAGGGACAUCAAGAACAAGAUCUGCCAGGACUGCGACUUGGUGGCUCUGCUGGAAGACGACAGCGGGAUGGAGCUUCUGGUGAACAACAAGAUCAUCAGCUUGGAUCUCCCGGUGGCCGAAGUGUACAAGAAAGUCUGGUGUCCGACAAACGAGGGCGAGCCCAUGAGGAUAAUUUAUCGCAUGCGAGGCCUGCUGGGGGAUGCCACAGAAGAAUUCAUAGAAUCGCUGGAUUCCACUACAGAUGAAGAGGAGGAUGAGGAAGAGGUGUACAAGAUGGCGGGAGUCAUGGCGCAGUGCGGCGGUCUGGGCUGCAUGCUGAACCGCUUGACCGGGAUCAAAGACUUUAAACAAGGCCGUCAUCUGCUGACGGUCCUGCUGAAGCUCUUCAGCUACUGUGUCAAAGUGAAGGUCAACCGCCAGCAGCUGGUGAAGAUGGAGAUGAACACGCUCAACGUCAUGCUGGGGACGCUGAACUUGGCUUUGGUGGCCGAGCAGGAAAGCAAGGACAGCGGGGGAGCGGCGGUGGCAGAACAGGUCCUCAGCAUCAUGGAGAUUAUCCUGGACGAAUCCAACGCGGAGCCACUGAGUGAGGACAAGGGCAACCUGAUCCUGACAGGCGACAAGGACCAGCUGGUGAUGCUGCUGGAUCAGAUCAACAGCACGUUUGUCCGCUCCAACCCCAGCGUGCUCCAGGGCCUCCUGCGCAUCAUCCCUUACCUGUCCUUCGGGGAAACGGAGAAGAUGGAGAUCCUGGUGGACCGCUUCAAGCCCUACUGCAGCUUCGACAAGUAUGACGAGGAACACAGCGGGGACGACAAGGUUUUCCUGGACUGUUUCUGCAAAAUUGCAGCUGGCAUCAAGAACAAUAGCAACGGGCACCUGCUGAAGGACCUCAUCCUGCAAAGAGGGAUCACCCAGAGUGCCUUGGACUACAUGAAGAAGCAUAUCCCCAGCGCCAAGAAUUUGGAUGCUGAUGUGUGGAAAAAGUUUCUGUCUCGACCGGCCCUCCCGUUUAUCCUGCGGCUGCUCCGAGGACUCGCUACCCAGCAUCCGGCCACCCAGGCGCUGAUCGGGACCGAUUCCAUCUCCAACUUGCACAAACUGGAGCAGGUCUCCAGCGACGAAGGCAUCGGGACGCUGGCCGAGAACCUCCUGGAAGCCCUGCGGGAGCACCCGGACGUCAACAAGAAGAUUGACGCGGCCCGCCGGGAGACGCGGGCGGAGAAGAAGCGGAUGGCCAUGGCCAUGCGGCAGAAGGCCCUGGGCACCCUUGGCAUGACGACGAACGAAAAGGGGCAGGUGGUGACGAAGACGGCGUUGCUGAAGCAGAUGGAGGAGUUGAUCGAGGAGCCUGGUCUGACGUGCUGCAUCUGCCGGGAAGGCUACAAGUUCCAGCCCACCAAGGUCCUGGGCAUUUACACCUUCACCAAGCGGGUGGCCCUGGAGGAGUUUGAGAACAAGCCUCGGAAGCAACAGGGCUACAGCACAGUCUCCCACUUCAACAUCGUCCACUACGACUGUCACCUGGCCGCGGUCAGGUUGGCGCGAGGCCGCGAGGAGUGGGAGAGCGCCGCCCUGCAGAACGCCAACACCAAAUGCAACGGCCUCCUGCCAGUCUGGGGGCCUCACGUCCCGGAAUCUGCCUUUGCCACCUGUUUGGCAAGGCACAACACUUACCUCCAGGAAUGUACGGGGCAGCGGGAGCCCACCUACCAGCUCAACGUGCACGACACCAAGCUGCUUUUCCUGCGCUUUGCCACGGAGCAGUCGUUCAGCGUGGACACGGGCGGCGGCGGGCGGGAGAGCAACGUCCACCUGAUCCCCUACAUCAUUCACACAGUGCUUUACGUCCUCAACACGACGCGGGCGACUUCCCGAGAGGAGAAGAACCUGCAGGGCUUCCUGGAGCAGCCGAAGGAGAAAUGGGUGGAAGGUGCCUUCGAGGUGGACGGCCCCCAUUACUACACUGUCCUGGCGCUUCACAUCCUGCCCCCCGAGCGGUGGAAGGCGCUGCGCAUCGACAUCCUGAAGCGCCUGCUCGUCAUCUCCCACGCCCGGGCGGUAUCCCCGGCGGGAACGAGCAAGCUGACGGACAAAGCCGUGAAGGACUACGCUGCCUAUCGCUCCAGCCUCCUCUUCUGGGCCCUGGUUGAUCUCAUUUACAACAUGUUCAGAAAGGUGCCCACGAGCAACACAGAGGGGGGCUGGUCCUACUCUCUGGCCGAGUACAUCCGCCAGAACGACAUGCCCAUCUACGAGGCGGCCGACAGAGCCCUCAAGUCCUUCCAGGAGGAGUUCAUGCCGGCGGAGACUUUCUCAGAAUUCCUGGACGUGGCUGGAUUGUUAUCGGAAAUCUGCGACCCCGACGGCUUCCUCAAAGAUCUCUUCAACUCUCUUCCCUGAGCGGCCCCCAGAGAGAGACUGUUGGACUCCCAUUCCCCACCCACCCACCCGAAUUUUCUACCUAACCCCCCUCCUCACUUCUCAAGGAGCGUUGCCGUCACUUUUUCCUCACCCGCCGUUCCUCGGCCCACACUCCCUCCCUUCCUUCCUUC